GAACGGCACAUGUAGCGCGCCCCCCCCCCUCCCGGCUCCACGUCUGCGAAAGAAGAAGAAGAAGAAGAAAAAGAAGAAGAAGAAGAGAUGACGAUCAGGUGUCCCUCGCGGCUGGCGCGCGUCCUGCGCUGCGUGCUGCUGCUGCUGCUCGGCUCGGCGGCGUCGCAGUGGCCAGAAGACACUGGAGUCUCCCUGGAACAGCUGAUUGGGGAUCCUCCUCCCGAUACGGUCACCCGGGUCUACGGGCCCGACUACAGGUCCAGCUAUGUCUUUGGCCCCGAGUCCAACACGGGCCAGCUGGCCCGCGCCCACCUGCCGAGCCCAUUCUACCGAGACUUCGCCCUCACCUUCAACUUGAAACCCACCACUGAGCGCGGCGGCGUCGUCUUCUCCGUCACGGACGCCGCGCAGGAGAUCAUGUACGUGGCCGUGAAGCUGUCCGCCGUGCAGGGCGGCAACCAGAACGUCAUCCUGUACUACACGGAGCCCGACUCGCAGGCGUCGUACGAGGCGGCCCGGUUCCUCGUGCCCUCCAUGGUGGACACCUGGACUCGUUUCUCCAUCGCUGUGAGGGACGACACGGUGAAGUUCUACCUCAACUGUGACACGGACCCUCAGGUGGUGCGCCUCGAGAGGUCCCCGGACGAGAUGGAGCUGCAGAGCGGCGCCGGGGUCUUUGUCGGGCAGGCUGGAGGAGCGGAUCCUGACAAGUUUCUGGGUCUGAUCAGUGAGCUGAGGGUGGUGGGAGACCCCCGUGCUGCCCGGACGCACUGUGAAGACGAUGACGACGACUCAGAUAUGGCUUCAGGGGAAGGAAGCGGCUAUGAAGAACCCAGAUCCCCACAAGCAACCGGGGAGAAGCCCAGAAUGACGACUCCUCCUCCAUCUUCUCGGCCCCUUCAGCCGCCGCCGCUGAGCAACAAAGACCAAGUCUCAGUCGCAGGAGAAACCGGUGCAGCCGGGGGCAGAGGAGAGAAGGGCGAGCGAGGGGACGCAGGGCUGAAGGGAGACAGGGGGCCAAUCGGGACCAAGGGGGACGUCCGCUCCGGCUCCCGGGGUGGAGCCCGCGGAGAGAAGGGGGAACCGGGGGAAAUAGGAUUAAAGGGCAGUGCAGGCUUUGGCUACCAAGGAAAGAAGGGAGACCUCGGCCCGCCUGGGCGACCCGGUUCCCCCGGCCCUCCAGGCCCCGAGACCAAGUACUCGGUCAACAGCGACGGCUCGGUUUCUUCCAGGGGCCCCGGACCCCGAGGACCGCCAGGUGCUACGGCCUCCCAGGGACAACCAGGAGCUGAUGGAGAGCCAGGGGAUCCCGGUGAGGAUGGAAAAACCGGUCCUGAUGGACCACCUGGCUUCCCAGGAACCCCAGGGGACUCUGGACCAACAGGAGCAAAGGGAGACCGUGGAGAUGGUCAACCUGGCCCCAGGGGACUCCCUGGACCUCCAGGAACCGGACACAGAUCUACUUUUGUGGACAUGGAAGGCUCUGGGUUCCCUGAUCUGGACUCCAUCCGGGGAUCGCCUGGUCUACCGGGUCCUCCCGGUCCCCCCGGCCCCACCGGUCCAGCUAAUCCCUCGACAGCGGGAGCAGCAUCGAGUUCUGGGGCGUUCGGACCACCAGGAAAGGACGGGGCGCCCGGUCAACCUGGCUUGCCUGGUUUGCCGGGGAUGGAUGGACGUCCAGGAGCUCUCGGUACCAAUGGAGAAAAGGGUGAUUUAGGCGAUCUGGGUCUUCCAGGAGCUGUCGGAGAGAAGGGAUCUCGAGGAGAUAACGGUUUACCGGGAACCCCAGGACUGAAUGGACUGGCUGGUCUGCCCGGGCCUCUGGGACCAGUUGGGCAACCAGGGCCUGCGGGGCCCCCCGGACCAAGCUAUCGUGUUGGAUUUGAUGACAUGGAGGCCUCUGGUGGAGGGUUCAGCAAUGGACUGCCUGGCGUCACAGGACCCGAGGGAAGACAGGGUUCUUCUGGCUUCCCUGGACUUCCGGGAAAAGCUGGGUUGCCUGGUAUAACAGGUCAGAAGGGCAGCGACGGGCUCACAGGAAGAGAUGGACGUCCAGGGUUGGACGGCUUCCCUGGACCUCAGGGACCAAAGGGUGACGGUGGCAACAAAGGAGAAAGGGGGGAAACGGGUCGAGAUGGAACAGGCCUCCAAGGGCCACCCGGGCCACCUGGACAAAUCAUCUACCAGACAUCUGACAACGUUAAUGGUGUUGUUGGCAAUGAUGGACCCCAGGGAGGAGCUGGUUUACCUGGCCAAGCUGGUUUCCCUGGUCCAAUUGGACCAAAGGGUGACAGAGGGGACCCCGGCCUUCCAGGCUACGGGGGAAAGGGGGAGAAAGGUGAACCGGGCCUGGUAAUCGGACCUGAUGGAAACCUUCUGCAUCUGGAAGGGCUGACGGGUUCCAAGGGAGAGAGAGGAAUACCUGGACCUGUUGGACCCUCUGGCCAUUAUGGGCCUUCUGGAAUAAAGGGGGAAAUGGGAAUGCCUGGAAGACCAGGUCGCCCUGGUGUAAAUGGUUACAAGGGUGACAGAGGAGAGACAGGAGUCGGUUAUGGCUACCCAGGAGUCCCUGGCCAACCAGGACCACCUGGACCCCCCGGGCCAACCGUGCCCUUAGAUCGCUUCAACCGCUUUGAUGAAACUUCAAGGAAUUACCCAGCAACUAAAGGGGAAAAAGGAGAGGGAGGGGACCGAGGAAUUCCAGGAAUCCCAGGAACCGCCUCUAAUUUCGAUAUUUACACAUUCAAGAAUGAACUGAAGGGAGAGCGCGGCGGCGUCGGUGUGAAGGGAGAGAGGGGCGAGCCGAGUGGCGGAUAUUACGACCCACAUUUUGGAGGAGCACAAGGCCCGGCAGGGCCUCCUGGCAAACCAGGCUUACAGGGUCCAAAGGGAGAACCUGUAUCGGGCCCUCCUGGGCCCCAGGGACCACCAGGAACACCAGGGAUUGGUUACGACGGGCGCCAAGGUCCUCCAGGAUCACCCGGACCUCCCGGACCUCCCUCACUUCCCAGAGCGUAUCGGCCCGAUCACUCCCUAAAUGUUCCCGGACCUCCCGGUCCUCCUGGUGCCCCUGGAAGUCCUGGUCACUCGUCUGGGGUUACUGUUUUAAGGUCAUACGACACAAUGAUGGCGACUGCGAGACGCCAGACUGAGGGCAGCCUCAUCUACGUCUUGGACAAAGCAGACCUCUAUUUGAGAGUGCGCGAUGGACUGCGGCAAGUCAUGCUUGGAGACUACAGUCCCUUCUUCAGAGAUCUGGAGAACGAGGUGGCAGCGGUCCAGCCUCCACCUGUGAUCCAGUACCCCCAGUCCCAGGACCAGUCCCACAACAACGGAGCGGGCCAUUACUCCCAGGGGGGUUCAGCCAUACGGCCGAUUGAGCCUCCGCCACACCCGCCCGUUGACCCCAGAUACCCCCCACAGUAUGAUCCCAGAUUCCCGGACCCGAGACACACAGGCCAGACGGAUGGGAGAUUAGCCACGCAACAGACUGAGAACAGAUACCCUGUCACUCCACAGCGGCGACCCAGCCCACCUGUGGUGCAGCCUGCCAGUCAUGUGGAGCCCCCCGAAUCCGGACUCCAUAUCAUCGCCUUGAACGCCCCUCAGACCGGGAACAUGCGGGGAAUCCGCGGGGCAGACUUCCUGUGCUUCCAGCAGGCCCGCGCCGUGGGCCUGAAGGGCACCUUCAGAGCCUUCCUGUCCUCCAAGCUGCAGGACCUCUACACCAUCGUCCGCAGGUCGGACAGGGACAGCACCCCCAUCGUGAACCUCAAGCACCAAGUGUUGUUCAGCAGUUGGGAGUCUCUCUUUGGGGACGUGAGCAAAAUGAAUGAGAACGUACCGAUCUACUCCUUCGAUGGCAGAGACAUCGUCAGGGACAGCGCAUGGCCAGAGAAAAUGGUCUGGCACGGAUCGAGCAACAAAGGCCACCGGCAAACGGACCACUACUGCGAAACAUGGCGGGCGAGCGACCACGCCGUGACCGGCCUGGCCUCAUCACUACAGAGCGGCCACCUCCUACAGCAAACCUCCAGCAGCUGCUCCGGCUCCUACAUCGUCCUCUGCAUCGAGAACGCCUUUACGUCACCCUCCAAAAAAUAAUGUCCCGUCCAUCCCCUCCGAUAAAUAUAUAUAUAUAUAUAUAUAUAUAUAUUGUUGUUUCAUUUUUUUCUUCUGGGCCCUGGUUAAACACCAUUUUAAUUUCACUAAGAACACACCUGGUGACCAUGUGGCGUCCAAUGAACUGGCCCUGUGGCUCUUUGCCUGGCAGAGACCCUUUGCAUUGUCCGCCCCUCCACAAACGCCAAAGAGAUUGGUCGAACAGAGCGGCGUUGGUCCUUUUUCUCGGGGGCGUCGACACAUAUUUUGUCCAAGGUGCGGAACGAGAGCACAGAAGAUAAAUGUGUUCACAAAUGUUAUCCUUUUUUUCUAUUUUUCCCUGUAUAUUACAUGUUUGUUCUUUGUGAUUUCUUUUUUUGACGUUAUCAUUGUUUUACCUUUUGAACUGUUGAUAAAAAUGCUAUAUCCAUCCUGUUAUUUGUAAUUUUUAUAUUAAGUCAUGAUCAUUUCCACUUUUUUUUCCAACUUCAUUUUUAAAUUGUGGGUAAUGGCGGGGAACAGCAAACGCUUAAAGACUAUUUUCAAGAAGAUAAUAGAUAUUUAUUUUUAAAAGAAGUUAUGUUAGGAUAAAAUAUGAUUUGAAAAAAGUUUUUCUUUUAAAAGAAGCUAAAUACCCUCAUUUAUAUUCGACACAACUUAGAACAUUUCAUUCUUUUCAAAAGAGAAACUGUGCCUUUAUACACAACCAGGACCGCCUAAACUCAUGUGGUGCACCGCUCCUUUGGAAAGUAUUAUUCUUCAAAUAUGUAAAUGUUACAGCAGCUUUUGCUCAAGUGCAUUCAGAUGCUUUUACUUUUCCGACAUGUAAAUGACCUUGUUGGACACAGACACAACUGUAAUAAAUAAUCCCACAUCCACGGGGCAAAAAUGUAGCUUUGUAAAUCUAAAAUGAUUAGUUUUCCUUUUACCACUUCAUGAAAACCGAUCAGUGAGUAAGCUGGACAUGAUUAGUUUGCUGCUAAUCUUUGUCGGCUGUCACAGGUGUGAGGGCGGGAUACAGCAGCAUGUUAAGGAGAGAGACACUCGCAGGAAGUCGGCUUGAAUGAAUUCCAGACACUCACCUGGCCUUGAUGCUUUUGAUAUCUGGAACAUCUUGACUGAACCUGUGGAUAUCCAUGUUUUUAACCAUGUGUGCUGUACUGUUUCUCCCAGGCACUGAAUAAAAGUCUUUUUCAACUCCCAA